AACGUAGUUACUGUAACGCGUUACUUAAUAACGCGUUAGUCCCAACACUGCUUAUCAUUAAUCAACAAAUACUCAAAUACCUACAAAUCAACACACAAAAUAGAACCAAACAAAAUGUGAGAAAAUUACAGCUGGAAAAUUGCCGUUCAGUUAGAAACCAGACUCUGGUAGAGCCCACAAAAAGAGGGCUCUGCCUGGGACAGACCAUAAAUACAGCCAGUGAACAGAAGCUUUGUUUAGUGUGAUGUUACUGACAACCUGCUGCACCUGCAUUUCUUCCAGGCCUGGCAGUCAGUGACACAUGGCGACUCUACGCUUCGGACAGCAUCUCAUCAAGCUCUCGGCUGUGUUCCUGCAGACUGAGCUGUCCUUCGCACUGGUCAACAGGAAGCCUGUGGUGCCCGGACAUGUGCUGGUGUGCCCACUCAGACCAGUUGAGCGUUUUCGGGAUCUUCGGCCAGAUGAGCUAGCAGAUUUGUUCUCCACCGCUCAGAGAGUCGCCAACUUGGUGGAGAAACACUUCAAUGCCACCUCAAUCACCAUCACCAUUCAGGAUGGCCCUGAAGCCGGACAAACUGUGAAG